UAGAUAGAUGGAUAGAUGUUUAUUGUAUAUAAAGAGGCUAUCCCGGAGAGAUCUUCAUAUUCAACUGAAAUGAUUUUAUCGAAACCAUAUGACCAAGACGACCCUUGGAUAGUUACUGGUCUGCAAAACUCUACACAGAUUAAUCCUAAUCCUCCACAUGAUGAUGAUAUCCCCGAUGAAAAUAAAAUACCAGAUACACAUUAUUACGAAGUGUCUACGCCAAGCUACACCUCAUUAGAAGUAGAGGAUCUUCAAAGAGACUCUUCAAAAAUAACAAUACAAGAGAUCAUACCAGAACGUAAGGAAAUACCUAUAACUGCUCCCCCUAAAAUCAUCGCUGAACCACAAGGCACAUUACUCAUAGAAGAGGCGGACGAUUUCUCCAAUAACUCCAAUGAUUUGGUAAUAACUGAUUCAGAUGCUGAAUCUAGCGAAAUUUCGGAGGUAUUUCAACAGCCUCCGCCAGUUUUGAGGAUCGGUGACAAGUUACUUUUUCUCAAAAAAGGAGAAUUCGUCCCAGAAAAAGACACUAGUACACCCACUUCUGUAAUAACAUUAAUAGGUGCUGAAGGAUUGCAACGAGGUUUCGAAGAGAGCGGGGAGGUUCACGAAACAAAGAUUGAUACUAUGGAAUUUAAUCCUCAUCAAGCUAGCAGUAAGAAAACUUUGGAAUCAGCAGAUGGUGAAUAUUUAGAUUCACUACUCGUUUUGAAUACAGCUGAAUCUGAACAUAUUCUGUCCUUGGUUAAACGCAAAAAUGAUCCUACAACGACAGAAUUGUUUUCAUUGACAGAAUCCACUGGUACAACAGAAAGCGGAAUAAUAACAGAAACAAAUAGUGCGAUUUCAAAUGACGUUGUUUUUCACAACAAUUCAUCAAAUAACAUAACAGCCGGAGAUACCCAACCAGUAACAACAUUCAAAACGCAUGAUAAUUCAUCUACCGAAGUAUACACUGAACGUUGGAAAAUAACAGUGACUGACCUACCUAGUAAACCUUAUUAUUCAACUCCUAUUUUGAAUGAAACUCACGAAACGAUUAUUGAAACCAAUCCGGAGUAUCCUCCGUUGCGGGAGAUAUUGGUCUCCAACAUGGAUGAUGCACUGCAACGAUUUGAUAUAGAGGAAAAAGAAACCAAUAAAAACAUCACUUAUCUGGAACCUAACACAAAAAUAAUUCCAGAUAUUCUCGAUAUUCUAAGCAAUAAGACUGUGCCAAAAAAUAUUACACACAAGGAAUGGCUGAAGUCAAAUACAGAAACUCUAGUGAAUCUGAAAGCAUAUUUACCUGAAGAGUUCCUUAACCAACCAGCACCUACUGACUAUGAAGACACUGGGAACAGUGACGAUGUGCUUCUCAGUACCGAGAAUUCUCCAGCUGUCACUGAAAAGGUCAUUGACAUACUGACGAAUGAAACUGAAAAGGUAACUCUCGUCGAAUCAGUUCCAGUGAAAAAUGCGGGAUCAAUGGAGAGUUUGGAGGAAAUAGACAAUGACAGUGAUGAGUCUACUACAUCAAAAGAUAGUCAUUCUCCUAUUUUGUCCGACGAGAAUGCCAGCGUUGAAGGUGAUAAAAAUCAAACUGAAGCAGAUGACAUGGUGGGAAUCAAAGAAAAACCUGAUGAAAGCCGUAUUGAAAAAACAACCCCCCACGAUGUCCAAAUGAUCGAUAAUGUCAACGAAAGUAAGAAACCGACUGGUGUAAAAACUACAGAUGUUGAGAUACUAGAUACUACGAUUCUCAAUAAACCAAUAAUAGAAAAAAGUGUUUCUCCCCAGAGUAAUUCCGAAAGAGCAGAUAAUUCGCCUGAUACUCAUUUGAAAAUUGUUAAAAGAGAAAACAUACAAAAUUAUGAUGAAAGAGAUGAAGAUACAGAGGAGGAAAACGAAGAGAAAAAAAAAGAUGAGGAAAUUUUUAAACAAUUGUUAGAAGACACUAGUACUCCAAAUACUCCAAGAGCUUCAAGUGCGACUUUCACCAAAGAAACCGACCCCAUGAAGAGGUUUAGUGCCUCACUUGCACAGUAUUCUUUGAAAGAUGCUGCUUUCGAUCCUAAUUUUAUAGGACUUUUAGCAAACUUUUUUAGUAAUCAGCGUACAACAUAGAGAAAUAUAUUUUAGACUGAUGACUGAGAAAAUACACAAUUCUCAAUUUUUCUCUUUCCCUGUUAACGUGAUUUUUUUCAACAUUUUGCUCAAGCAAUCUCAUGUGAAAUGAGUACAAGUUUAAGUUAUCGGAAUCAUGUGUAGACACACGAACGUUCUGAUUAUUGGUAUUAGAUGUUCUAGACGUUUUGCAUGUGCCGAUUUAUAGAAGUUAGCUUGUGCUAGAUUUCUCUCAGAAGCUAGGAUAGAACAACAGUUAAUAUACUUCAUAUUGAUAGAUAUUAAGACUUGAGUGUUGAUACUAUGUAAACUGAAAUGAAAGUAUUCCCUAUUAUGUAGAAGUCCGACUUCAUAUGUCCAUGAAAUAUUAGCUUUAUCUGAUCAAUCUCGGCAAGUAUUUAUGAAAUUUGUUCAAUUGUUGUUACAAUUUUAUCUGUGGUAAUUGUAUGUAACAAAUAUCAGUAAACGUUUUUAUUAAUA